GCUCCCAAAACCCUCGCCCCCACUCUCCCUUCCGGCGGCCAUCAGCUACCCCCCCUCCCCUCCUCCCCGCCGCCCCAAAACCCUCACCAGCAAAGACGCCGCAAAACUCACCAUGGCUCCGGGGGACACCGGCGUCGAGCAGCCGCGUAAGGCGCAUCGCGUGGCCAAGUCGGGCGCGAAGGUGCGGAAGAAGAAGGGCAAAUGCGCCGCCGGCGACGAUGAAGGGGGCGAGAGGAAGAACCCCAAGGCUUUUGCCUUCCGUUCAGCAACAAAGGCGAAGCGGCUACAAUCUCGGUCAGCAGAAAUUGAACAACGCCGUCUCCAUGUGCCAAUCAUGGAUCGCUCAAUUGGGGAACCACCUCCUUUUGUUGUUGUAGUCCAAGGACCUCCGCAGGUUGGAAAGUCGCUGCUGAUAAAAUGUCUAGUAAAGCACUACACUAAACAGAACUUGUCAGAUGUCCGUGGUCCCAUCACGGUUGUAUCAGGUAAAAGCAGGAGGGUGCAGUUCUUGGAGUGUCCAAGUGAUAUCAAUGGAAUGAUCGAUGCAGCUAAAAUAGCAGAUCUUGCUCUGCUGCUUAUUGAUGGUAGCUAUGGAUUUGAGAUGGAUACAUUCGAGUUCCUUAAUAUCAUGCAAGUGCAUGGAUUCCCCAAGGUAAUGGGAGUGCUUACACAUCUUGAUCAAUUUAAAGAUGUAAAGAAACUCAGGAAAACUAAGCAGCGCCUUAAGCAUCGUUUCUGGGCUGAGAUAAAGGAGGGAGCGAAACUGUUCUACUUAUCUGGUCUCAUUCAUGGAAAAUACACGAAAAGAGAAGUCCAUAAUCUUGCAAGGUUUAUAUCUGUUAUCAAACCCAUCCCUUUGAGUUGGCGAAUGGCACAUCCUUACUUGUUAGCAGAUAGAUUCGAAGAUGUAACUUCGUCAGAAAGUGUGCGCUUGAAUAGGAAAUGUGACAGAAAAAUAACGCUGUAUGGUUACCUUCGUGGAUGUAACAUGAAAAGAGGGACCAAGGUGCAUAUCACAGGAGCAGGUGAUUUCAGCUUGUCUGGUGUAACAAGUUUGGCUGAUCCCUGCCCUUUGCCAUCGGCUGCAAAGAAGCGAGGAUUACGUGACAAGGAGAAGCUGUUCUAUGCCCCAAUGUCUGGUCUUGGGGAUCUCCUGUAUGACAAGGAUGCGGUGUACAUCAACAUCAAUGAUCAUCUUGUUCAGUUUUCAAACACCGAUGACAACAAUGCAUCUAAGAAACAAGGGAAAGGUAAUGAUGUCGGUGUGGCUCUAGUAAAAACUCUUCAGAACACCAAAUACUCCCUUGAUGAGAAGUUAGAUCAGAGUUUUAUAAAUUUCUUCGGCAGACGGCCUGCUGCUCAGUCCGAAGACAGUGACAUGACAGGCAAUGCCAUUUCUUCAAGACAGAAUGACCAGGGAGAAGCUAACAUUUUGGCACAAGUAGGUGGUAAUAACCUUAGUAGUGCAGGCACCCUGGAGAGCAAUGGGCACUCUUCUUCUGAGUGCUCUAGUGAUAGUGAAGGUGACAAUGAUGAUGACAUUCAGCCAAGUGAUCAUGGCGUUGACUUGAGAGAAGAAGUGGAAUUUUGCAAUGGAAGAAUGAGGCGAAAAGCUGUGUCAGCUAAUUUUCAAGAUGACGAUGAUGAUGAUGAUGAUGAUGAUGAUGACGAUGAUGAUGAGGGUUCUGAUAACGAAGAUGAUAGUCAUAAUGAAGAUUCUGACGAUGACCACCUAUCUGAAGGUUCUUUAUCAUCAGAUGGUAGUGGAGAAGCUCUUGAUUCAGAUGAUGGAACUGAAAACACUUCGAAGUGGAAAAAGUCUUUACUUGCCAGAACACUGGCCAGACGGGGUGCCAGUCUAAUGCAACUUGUAUAUGGGCAAGCUUCAGCAGAACUAGACAAUGAUAGUGGCGAAGAAGGUAGCUCUGAUGAAGAAAUUUUUGUACCAAAAGGACAAAAAAAGCAAGUAAAGAACGAAUUACCAAGCUUUGAUGAUAUUGAUGCUGAGGAUUACUCUAAGUUCUUGAAAGUGGAGCUACGUGAUUGGUCUAACGAAGAUCUCAUCAAAAGCAUCCGUGACCGUUUUGUGACUGGAGAUUGGUCAAAAGCUUCUCUGAGAGGACGCGAGGUAGAUGAAAAUGGAGAGGGUGAUGAAGAAAUCGAUGGUGAUUUUGAAGAUCUGGAAACUGGUGAGGUGCACAAGAGCCAGGCUGCUGAAAGUGCAGCUGGGAAGCCAGGUGUUCAGAAAGAAGACGAACUAAAAGUUGAAGAACUAAGACUCAAGAAGCUUGCGCUUAAAGCAAAAUUUGAUUCAGAAUAUGAUGGAUCGGACCUCUCUGGCGAGGAAGUUGAUAACGAGAAGAAGAAAUCGAAAAGAGAGCAACCUGAUGCAGGGGGCUAUUUUGACAAAUUGAAGGAGGAAAUUGAACUCCGCAAGCAAAUGAAUGUAUCUGAACUCAAUGAUCUGGAUGAAGAUACCCGAGUAGAAAUUGAAGGAUUUAGGACUGGUACUUACGUCAGAUUAGAGAUACAUGGUGUGCCGUAUGAGCUAGUUGAGCAUUUUGAUCCUUGCCACCCCAUUCUUGUUGGGGGUAUUGGCCUCGGUGAGGAGAACACUGGAUAUAUGCAGGUUAGCUUGAAGCGCCACAGGUGGCAUAGGAAAGUGUUGAAGACAAAAGACCCAAUUGUUGUCUCUAUUGGUUGGAGACGUUUCCAAACAACGCCUGUAUAUGCAAUAGAGGAUCGAAAUGGCCGGCACCGCAUGCUCAAGUACACACCAGAGCAUAUGCAUUGCUUUGCUAUGUUUUGGGGGCCACUGGCUCCACCAAAAAGCGGUGUACUAGCAGUCCAGAGUCUUUCCAGCAAUAAGGUACCAUUUAGAAUUACUGCAACUGGUUGGGUUCAGGAAUUCAACAAUACUGCUCGAAUUAUGAAGAAGAUCAAGCUCACAGGCGCACCAUGCAAGAUAUUUAAGAAAACCGCCUUAAUUAAAGGGAUGUUCACAUCUGAUUUAGAGGUUGCUAGGUUUGAAGGUGCAGCAAUUCGGACAGUAAGUGGAAUCCGAGGACAAGUUAAGAAGGCAGCAAAGAUCGAACCAGGAGAUGCGUUAAGGAGAAAAGGGGAAAUUACGGAAGGCAUUGCAAGGUGCACAUUUGAGGACAAAGUUCUUAUGAGUGACAUUGUCUUCAUGCGAGCAUGGGUCAACGUUGAAGUUCCCACCUACUGUAAUCUUGUGACCACUUCUCUUCAACCCCGAGAUCAGAUGUGGCAAGGCAUGAGAACCACUGCUGAGUUGCGGAAGGCACACAACAUACCCAUUCCACACAACAAAGACUCGGUUUACAAGGGUAUUGAGCGGAAAGUGCGGAAGUUCAACGCCAUAGAGGUCCCUAGAAAACUGCAACCUUUGCUUCCUUUUAAAUCAAAGCCGAAGGAUAGACCUAAGGGCAAGAAAGGAUCAGCUGUGGACAUGAUACCGGAGAUUAUGAAUAUUGGCGAGAAGAAGAUACAUGGAGCUCUUCAACAGUUGCAUCUGUUAAAGCAUGAAAAGACGAGGAAGGAGAAAAUCAAGCGCGGGCUGCAGAAGAAAGCUCAUGAGGCGCAGAAAGCCAAGACUGAUGAGAUAACGAGGAAGCGGCAGAGGGAAGAUAGGCGUGAGAGAUACAGGGAAGAAGAUAAGAAAAAGAAGCGCGCCCGAAAGUAGGCGCGGAAGAUACAAGGGGUCUGUCUCUGCACGCGCGUUCCCAUCAUAGAAGCACCAGCCAGAGCGCACUGUCUACCCAAGACAUGUUACUCCACUGGCACGGCUGGCAGCAGACGACUCAUGAAACCUCUAGUAGCGAUCUAGUUGGAGAUGCAUGUGAUAUUGCUAGUCACUCGCAAAAAAUUAUGGGCAGUGACACCCUGUUCACCGAUAAGCGUGUGCCUCCGUGAAUUUUGUCACCCUUACGAGUGACUAGCUGGGAUCGUAUGUUGAAUUGUCAAGUUGAGAGAGAGAACAGUUGGCCAAUUUUGUUCUUCAGGUUUUGUAACGGUGGAGCUUUGAGAGUUGUUGACAUUGGUUCUGAUUGGCUGGUGGUUCUGCACACGUGGACCUGCCCUUGUAUGAUUGGCUACGUUCUUUUGCAUGCAACGUUUACAUAUAUGGCCAUAUGGGUUCCUA